AGACGCUGAGUGAGAAAAAGAUGUCCUGUGAGAUAAAGAUUGAUGGGUUUGAAUACCGAAGGGGGUCUCCCACUUGUUAAUGACCCAGAAACAUUCCUGCCGACUUUCCUGAGCCUUCUCUCCUUUCCUCCAUUUUUCUCUUCCUCUGUUCUGUUCAUGAACUGGCACAUCACUACAUAGAGCAGAAGAUAUGCUGGGCUUCUGAUGAUGGCUGCACUGCAUGCAGCAGCGUGCAGCGUCAAAGACAGUCCGCCUCCCAUGUCAGUGGUCUAGGAUGGCCAGUGAAGCCACCAACAUCCCAAGUCCUGUGGUGCGCCAGAUCGACAAGCAGUUUCUGAUUUGCAGUAUAUGCCUGGAACGGUACAAGAAUCCCAAGGUUCUCCCCUGUCUGCACACUUUCUGCGAGAGGUGCCUGCAGAACUACAUUCCCGCCCACAGUUUAACCCUCUCCUGCCCAGUGUGCCGCCAGACCUCCAUCCUGCCCGAGAAGGGGGUGGCCGCGCUCCAGAACAACUUCUUCAUCACGAACCUGAUGGAUGUGCUGCAGCGAACUCCAGGCAGCAACGUUGAGGAGUCCUCCAUCCUCGAGACGGUCACCGCAGUGGCUGCGGGAAAGCCUCUCUCUUGCCCGAACCACGAUGGGAAUGUGAUGGACUUUUACUGCCAGUCUUGCGAGACCGCCAUGUGUCGGGAGUGCACUGAGGGGGAGCACGCGGAACACCCCACAGUCCCCCUCAAGGACGUGGUGGAGCAGCACAAGGCCUCACUCCAGGUCCAGCUGGACGCUGUCAACAAAAGGCUCCCAGAAAUAGAUUCUGCUCUUCAGUUCAUCUCAGAAAUCAUUCAUCAGUUAACCAACCAAAAAGCCAGCAUUGUGGAGGACAUCCAUUCUACCUUUGAUGAGCUCCAGAAGACGUUAAACGUGCGCAAGAGUGUGCUGCUUAUGGAACUGGAGGUCAACUAUGGCCUCAAACACAAAGUCCUUCAGUCGCAGCUGGAUACGCUGCUCCAGGGGCAGGAGAGUAUUAAGAGCUGCAGCAACUUCACUGCGCAGGCCCUCAACCAUGGCACGGAGACCGAGGUACUGCUGGUGAAGAAGCAGAUGAGCGAGAAGCUGAACGAGCUGGCUGACCAAGAUUUCCCCCUGCACCCGCGGGAAAAUGAUCAGCUGGAUUUCAUCGUGGAGACCGAAGGGCUCAAGAAGUCCAUCCACAACCUCGGGACGAUUUUAACCACCAACGCCGUCGCCUCCGAGACGGUGGCCACGGGCGAAGGGCUGCGGCAGACCAUCAUCGGGCAGCCCAUGUCCGUUACCAUAACAACCAAGGACAAAGACGGGGAGCUCUGCAAAACCGGCAAUGCCUACAUCACCGCGGAACUGAGCACGCCCGACGGCAGUGUGGCGGACGGAGAGAUACUCGACAACAAAAACGGCACGUACGAGUUUUUGUACACGGUCCAGAAGGAAGGGGACUUUACCCUCUCUCUCAGGCUCUACGACCAGCACAUCCGAGGCAGCCCUUUUAAGCUGAAAGUGAUCCGCUCAGCCGACGUGUCCCCCACCACCGAGGGCGUGAAGAGGCGCGUGAAGUCCCCGGGCAGCGGCCACGUGAAGCAGAAAGCUGUGAAAAGACCCGCGAGCAUGUACAGCACUGGAAAACGAAAAGAGAAUCCCAUCGAGGACGAUUUGAUCUUCCGAGUGGGUACCAAAGGAAGAAAUAAAGGAGAAUUUACAAAUCUGCAGGGGGUAGCCGCAUCUACAAGUGGAAAGAUAUUAAUUGCAGACAGUAACAACCAAUGUGUGCAGAUAUUUUCCAAUGACGGCCAGUUCAAAAGUCGUUUUGGCAUACGAGGACGCUCUCCCGGGCAGCUGCAGCGGCCCACAGGGGUAGCUGUGCAUCCCAGUGGGGACAUAAUCAUUGCAGAUUAUGAUAAUAAAUGGGUUAGCAUUUUUUCUUCAGAUGGGAAGUUUAAGACAAAAAUUGGAUCGGGAAAGUUGAUGGGGCCCAAAGGAGUUUCUGUGGACCGCAAUGGGCACAUCAUUGUGGUGGAUAACAAGGCGUGCUGCGUGUUUAUCUUCCAGCCAAAUGGGAAAAUAGUCACCAGGUUUGGUAGCCGAGGAAAUGGGGACAGGCAGUUUGCAGGUCCCCAUUUUGCAGCUGUAAAUAGCAAUAAUGAGAUCAUUGUUACAGAUUUCCAUAAUCAUUCUGUCAAGGUGUUUAAUCAGGAAGGAGAAUUCAUAUUGAAGUUUGGAUCAAAUGGAGAAGGAAAUGGGCAGUUUAAUGCUCCAACGGGUGUGGCAGUGGAUUCAAAUGGGAACAUCAUUGUAGCAGACUGGGGAAACAGCAGGAUCCAGGUUUUUGAUGGAAGUGGUUCAUUUUUGUCCUACAUUAACACAUCUGCUGACCCACUCUAUGGCCCCCAAGGCCUGGCCCUCACUUCAGACGGCCACGUCGUGGUUGCAGACUCUGGAAACCACUGUUUCAAGGUCUAUCGGUACUUACAGUAACGGUGGCCAGCUGGAGACCCCUUACAAAGGUCUUGCACUAUAAACUGGAAUGGAUUUCUCAACGCAGGACCAGGUUAUACUAGACAUUUCAUGCUAGAAGGAAUCAUUGGUGAACUUUCCAAGGUUAUUUCUGAAUGUAACAAUUUCCUUAAAAACUGCAUAUCCGAUUUCUGUAAUUCACCUUUAGGGUUUAAAAAAAGAAAUCUCUUCUACUGAAUCUAUAAAAAACUGCAAAGUUUUACACCUGUGAACUAUGGCAUAUAGGACAGGGAUUUAUGUAGUUAAACUAAUUUUGCAAAUCAAACAAGCAUUAAAAAAAAAGUAGAAUAUUUAAAGGUAUUUGUUAAUCUUGUGAAUGGUAGCUUUUGUGCAGAGCUUCCAAAAACAAACAAAAUCUGUUGUAGUUAUAUACUUUAUUUAUCCCCAGUCACAAGACCCGGGGAUCUUCUAACCUCACUUUUACAGUAGGUAUUACUCUUGUGACAUUUUUUGGUUGUCAGUGACUACUGACUACAUAUAAAAUACUUUAGGAAAAAAUAAGACUGUCUUACAAAGUCUUCCCAGCUGUGAUUAUUGAUUAGCAGGUCUCUUAAGUUGAGCACUUAAGAAUCAAUGCAAAUUUCCCAUCCUUUCUGGGUUAAAUCAAAGAUCCUUUUUGUGUGUUCUUUCACCUUCUCUUUCCUGCUCCCCUUGUAUCAAAAAACAAAAUACAUUUUCAGGGAAACCUGAAAUUUCUAAUGGUUUGAAAAGCAUAUUACACUAGUAAUGCUGCCUUUUGGUAAACAGCCCCGUUAACUCCAGAUUAACGCACUGGAAUAUAAUCACGACAAAGUCACAUUUUAGUGCCAUGUUCUCACGUGUGUCUCUCCUCUUCCACUUUAUGAAAGCGAAAGCUUUACCUCCUGCAAAAUGUCAGCACAUGUAGUAGGACACCAGUAUCCUAGGACAGAGAGCCAUAAGUAGCCCUUUGGAGGACAGAUGGUGUCAACCAAAGGCAUGUGAUUGAUUAAUGGUUUCCCCUUAGAAAGCAAGUGGUACCAAAGUUGUGUUAUCUCGAAAGCAUUACAGGUAAGGGCAUGUUAUGGUUAUUUAUCAUUGUCUAAUGAAUAGUAGAGGCAUUAAAGGACUAUGUAUACAUGAUUAGGGUAAGGUAGAAUGUAUCAUAUAUAUAUAUAUAUAUAUAGCUGAAUCUUUGGUAUAUCGAAAUAGGCAGCACUCAAAGACAGAAGCGUCAUCCAGCUGUCCCUCAGCACGUUCCUUGACUGCGCAGUUUCAAGCCGUCCUAGUAGAGCAAGCCCUAAAGCAGAUUUAAGUUUCACCAUUUUCCAGGAAUGAUAGUAUCGGCUGACUUUUAGUCAGAAAAUGGCCUUCUGUGCUUUCGAAAGCUAAACAAAAACAAUUCAAAAGAAAAAGUUGAACUUGUUACAUUUAAUUUAAACUAAGUACAAAUGCAUUUGGAGAAAUGUUAAGAAUAAUUUAGUCAAUCGUUAAUCUGUCAUUGAUACUAUAAAAUAAGAUGUGGUCUGUUUCCACUGUUAAAUUUUCUACUCAGUUCUACCAAAUAGGAUGUCAUGUUUGGCAUUUUCAAUACUGACUGGGAUCUUUUUCACAGAAAGCACCUUAGAAGUGUACUGUAAGAAAACAUUUCCCACAUGUAUAAUUAUAUAAACGUGAUGUUUAUUGCUUAUUAAUUUAUAAUUCAGUCAUUCUCUUAUAUAGGACUUUUUUAAAUUUAGAAGGGAAAUCUAGGUACUUCCAAUUGUCUAUCAAAGUUAUUACGCCCAAAUCAACCUCUGAAAAAGAUAUUUUCAGGAAGGUUUACAUUUAGGUUUAGUAUUUUUUCAGUUAGGUAGAGUUUUCAAAAUACCUGAGACUGUGAGAAAGUUAUACAAUUCAAUAACAUUUUUAGAAUGUUAAACCAAGACACUGUUUCCUAACAUUAGUGAAAUAAGUCUUUGAAUUUAAACAUUCAUAUUUAAUGAGUGCCUCCUAGGUGCCAGGCACUAUUGUAGGCACUGGGGAUAUAGUGAUGGAUGAAACAGACAAAAAUCCCUGCCCCCUUGGGGCUUACACACUGAGGAGGGAAUUCCAUUUUGCCGUUUACUAGCAUUCUGCAUAAAAGAUAAGCUAGCCUCUUGAUAGCUCCUAGACUGUUUAAAAGAAAACUUUUUACAUUGGUUACAUUAAUUUUAGUUUAUUUUCACAAAAAUGGCUUCAUAUUUAGAUUCUGUCACAGGCUAUUGAUCUUAAGACUAGUUUACUUAAAGGAUUUUUUUGUACAACAUUUCAGUUAUAUUUGUGAAUUUCAAAAUUAACCAGCCGUCAUACUGUAUCAGGCUGGGUAUCUCAAUAGUAGAUUGAAUACAAAGCUAAUUUUUUUACAUGUCAGUUUUGGCACAAACUGGAAUGAAAGAAUAGAUACUUUGAUUCAGACCUGUUCCACUCUCUAUUACUAAAACUCAUGCUAUGGGCACUCCAGGAAACACUUUAUUUUUCCCCAAAAAUAUGUAAUCAUAGAUGUUAAAGUGUAGAUAAUAUUUCACAUUUGGAAUAUAUGUGUGUAUUUACUGUAUCUCUUGGUAGGAAUAUUUUAGGGGGAAAAGUGCUGCUGAUAAGAUAGGAAUAGACAAGAUUUAAAUGAAAUUUUGUCACAUUCUAUGAAAAAUGGUUUCUGGUAAACUGAGAAGGAUAUUAAAAUAAGUGACUUUUUUCUGGGCUACCACUAUGGUUUGAUUUCUCUUUGUCAAGUGUACAGAACCUGUCAUACAUUCAUGAUAAGUAGCACUGAAAAAUUACCCAUUCAAAUUUCCCCUGGGCACUUAUGGCAGAAUACUGCCAGGUAGAAUGUAAUGGUCAGUGGCAAUGCAUUCCCUCCCAAUACAGACCUCCCCUGCUGGACACGGGGAGGCAGAGAGUCACUUGACCAUCCAGAAACACGUGAAUAAAAAGCCUUUCUGACUGUUCGCCGUUUUUUUAAUCAUAUUUAGUAUCUUGAUCAAGCUUUAGUCUCCAGUAACUAAACAAGUCACCAAGUUUCCUCGUUUUAAUUACUCUUUGAUUAGAUUUGAGGCAAAUAAAUACUACAGGUCCAUGCAGCUAGAACACACUUGUUUGUACUACUGAAUAUACAGGGUAUGUCCUAACACAGAGUUGACUGAAGAGCAGUACACUAGCAAGUGUCUAGGGAUCCUUAUCAUUGAAGGGGCCACAUAAAUGCUUUGGUAAUACCUACUGAGUGAACUGGAGGAAAGAGCAAAUAAACAUUAUCUGCAAAUUACUUCAGAUGGGAAAAAUCUUUUUGUACAUUUGGACUCUAUCAUAUCCUCCCUAUUCACCAGCUUCUGAAAAGGGAGGAGUAUUUUUAGUUUAAUAAUUUAAAAACAGUACAUUUCCAGGUAGGGUAAAAUUGAAGCUAUUUGAUGCAAACAUCAUUUAAUUUUGCUUAAAAUCGAAAAUCAUAAUACUGUUGCAUUCUGUAAAUGUUGCAGGGUAUUAAACUUUACAAUUAUUUUAAUAUUUUUGAUAACUAGGAAUCUAGUAUUGCCAUAAAGGAAACUAAGUGCCCAUUAAAGAUUUGUUUGGUAUAAAUAAAUAAUUUUUUGUUUUGUUUUAAAUGACAGUAAGCUACAAAUCAUGACGUUAAUCUUAAACUUUCUGAAGAUGAAUUGUGUGGCAGUGAUUGUAUGGUCUGUUUGUGGAGAAUGUGUGGAAGCUAUUAAUGUUCUAAAAUAGAUGAAUAAAUUGGCUAUGUUGUUCCAAUGAAUGUACAGCACUUCCAUUAACUUUUGAAAGCAACACAGCCUUAAACUCAAUGCUUUUGCUUUAUGACAUGGGAAUGUUCUGUCAUCAACAGAGUGUGUUCUUGUAAUAGAAUUCUGUAUAUCAUUCUCAAUUCUAUAGCCUUUCAAUCCUAUGUAUGAGUAUGAAGGUUUUUUGCUUCCUUUUUUUUUUCUUUUUAAAUUUUGUACAUUCCAUCUUUAUAGGUCUGUUUCAUAUGUUUUGUGUAUAGAACACUAAGUCUUGCGCUCUCUGACACUGAUACUGAUAUAUUCUCAUCAUUUGUUCUUUUAUGAAUCAAAAUGCUGACUGCCUAUUUAAAGAAUGAACGCUGUGCAUCAAAGUGUUUGUAUGUUCGUAGCUACAUACGUACCACAGUAUUUUGGAUGCUUUAGUCUACAAUAAAACUUUAAAUUAAUUCUGUCUUGAAACAUAGGAGAAACAAGAUUCAUGUGUAUAUCUUAACCAUGCAGAAAAUCUCGAAUCAUUAUAAUAAAGCUUGUUUUCUCCA